AGCAGUGUGUACUUAUAUAUGAAGGUAAAGUAUGGCGAGAGACUGGGUGUCUGUGGGAGGAGACAAUGAGCAAUGCUCGGCUAUGGCUGGAUGGAAUGAGGCAGCAGAGCGGUCAAUUAGAGGACGCUGAAGUGAUUAAAUGAUAAAGACGACGAGAGACAAAGGUGUUAUUUAAUUUAGGAAGAUUAGAAGACUAUAUCGAGGGUUGCACUAGGCUAGCAGUGUAUUGUGGGAGUUGUAGUGCGCAACAAGCUGUGGGAGCGCGGGUUUCACAUCUCUAGGAGGAGACUGAGAGGAAAGGAGGGAAGACAUACAGGAGCGUCACAGCUCGAGGGGAGGAGAGAAAGAGAAGACACACACAGAGACACUGCAGUGACAUAGCACAGGGAGACUCCCAGACACUGCAGAGGAACCGAAGGAGCUGACACUCUACUCAGCAAGAUGCUUCAUGUGUUUAACCCUCUGCGCAAGUCUGGCAGUGACACUUGUCUUUCUCCUGAUAAUCCUCAAAAUUGGAAACGCUUGGCUAUUCGAAGACCUCCUCCAUCUACAGAUUCAACCACCUCGUCCCAUCCUGUCCCAGCUCUCCCAGUCCCAGAAGUGCAGGUGGAACGUUCUUUCAGUGCUGGUCAUUUGGCAUGUGACAGUGAUGAAGAGGAAGCUAAAGAAGCAGAAACAUUAAGAGUCCCUUUGUCCAUAUGGAGAACACAGAGUGAAUCACACCUGGACUCUGGUAGAGGGCAAAAGGAACUAGGACAGCAGGAAAAGUCUGCCAGUGGAUGGAGCCUGCCAUCCCCCAAAACACUGAGAAAGAAGAGAAGAACAGCAAAGGUGAAUGCAGCAAAGCAUCAUCUCUUGUCCUUCUUCACAGGAUCCAUUAAGCCCCUGCCCUCUACUGGGGAGACUGACAGUGGUUUACUGUGUGAGACUGAUAAAGGACACAGACACAAAAAGAAAGAACAGAAGCACAAGAAAAGUCAUCUGCCUCUGUUCCGUCUCUGGACCUCUCACUCGUCUAAUAUAGGACGCCCAAGCAUAGAUGAUGUUCAGAGUUGGGGAAAGUGUCUUGAGAAUUUGCUAUCUCAUACAUAUGGCCGUGCCCUUUUUCGUGUCUUCUUGCAAUCCGAGUUUAGUGAGGAGAACCUAGAUUUCUGGUUGGCCUGUGAAGAAUAUAAAGACACCCAUCCCAACUUCAUACUCCAUAGCCGGGCACGAAAGAUUUACCAGCUCUACAUUGCACUACAGUCCCCAAAAGAGGUGAAUCUGGAUGCCAGUACCAGAGAGUUGACUGAACACAAUAUUCUUCUCCCAACACGCACAACUUUUAAUGAGGCUCAGCGCAGGAUCUAUGGCUUAAUGGAACGUGACUCCUACCCACGCUUCUUACGCUCUGAUCUUUACCAGAGCUUGCUUCACUCCCCCAAUGGGUCCUGCUAAAAUGGAAGAUAAACCUCACGAACUGGCAUAGGAAAGAACACAGCUUGGUCCAAAUGUCUACCAGAACUUUUUUUUUUUAAGCAGAACUUGGAUCUUAUGUGAGCUGUGCUCAUAUGAAAACUGAAGCCAUUUUGAACAAAAAUGGGAUGCCCUUGUCUAAUGUGUUGGCAGUGUACAAUUCGUCACGCAAAUGCUUCUAUGCAGUAAAAGGGGUUGGAACUUUGAACACCAAUCCAUUUCCUUUAGGCUCCUGCAUUUGUAUAGUAUACAAGUAAAUUAUACCAGCUUUUUGGCUGAAACUUGCAGAUGCUGGAAGUUAUUUUGUUCUAAAGUGGAAUUAGUCAUUGACUGGCAUUUGUUAUUCAUAAUCUGUAUAAAAGAGUAAGCCACUUUCAACACUCAUGACUAUUUUAUUUGCCAAAAUGUAAACAACCAAACCCCAAGGUAAGAUCAUAUAUAUCUUUUUUUACUUGAAUAAUUUAUGAAUAAUUUCAGGUUGGUUAAUCACCUUCACUUAAACAACUUCUCUAUCUGGAAGAAAAAUAUGCCCAAACGUCUACACUAGGGUUCUUUAUCUUAAGCAAUAUGUAGUGCCUCCUGUCGUUACAAAGUUUGCUCAGUGUGAUUGUAAGCCUUUGACUCUCCUUUACAAAAUGACCAACCAAAGAUGCCAAAGUCUGACAUACCUUUCUCGGCGUAGAUGAUCAAGUGAAAUCACAGACUUGCCGCCUUUACAGAACACAAAUAUACAAACAUGUACGCACUAGAUAUAUCCUGUUACAGCUAAAGCUUACUAAUAUACUUCAUUAUUUAAAAAAAAGUCUUGCAACUGUGCACAACAAAAGAAAUGAGAGGAGAAAACUAUGAAUUUAGGACCAUUAAACCUAAAUUGUUUUGGGUAUUCUUUUCUGUACUCUCAGCUGAUGUUGCUAUAGGUUUGAUAUCCAAUUCAUGCCAGCCAAUUGCAACGUAUACAUUUAUCAGACACAUUCAUGCAAAUGUAAGCAUUAGACAUAUUUGUGAAGACAAGCUUUUCGUUCAGAAUUGGCUGAAAUAAGUGAUUUAGAAGAAUAUUCUUGGGCUUACAUUUGCGGUUAUUAUCUGCCAUGUGACUAAAAUGAUUCCCGCACUAGCAAUUUCAUAUUAUGGCAUGUGAGGCUGGCAGUUUGAACACUAAUAUGUUUCACUUGAGCUAUCUGCUUUCUUGCUCAACCAUGGAUAGAGACUUAAGCUAACCCACCUUUGCCAGAGCCAUAUUUAUGCCACGGCGAAAAUGAUAUCUUCAAUCUGACAUUAUUGAUUACAUAUUGACAGUGUGGAAGAACCCAUUCAUAUACAGGCUGUUGUUUGGUGGAAUCAGUUGUCCAGUGAGCUUGGUGGGUGCCAUUGGAAGAUUUACUAUGAGGAUUCCAACACUUAAUAGUUAUCCUUGUUUGAGGCCUUCUGGCAUUUUGAGCACUCUAACCGCCACUUUCUGUGGUUUUAAGCAGAAACUUUAUCAUUUCUUUCCAAAGCACUUUUUUGAGAAAUGUUGUCUCAUUGUGUUUCUCCAACCUAUCUCUUCUGUGUAUAACACUAUAUAACCUUUGAAGCCUUGCACCUUUUUUUGUUUUGCACUGUUAAUGCCUAUUGCGCCUUUUUUCCACCAUUUUAAUGCAUCCAUACUAAUGCACUGAAGCCAUUUCCCUUAUCCUACACCAUCACUCACAUUGCUGCCUCAGUUAAAAGUGGCCAAAACGUUUUUUUUUUUUUAAAAAAAAAAAAAAAAAGGUCAAUGCUGCUGUUAUUUAUGAAUGUUUGUCCUUUAAUUUUGUACAACUGAAAUUCUGAUUGGUUCAUCUUUGUCUAUAGUCAUUUUGUAUAAAGUUUUCAGCCAUUUCAAUUUGCUGUCGGAGAUAGGUUAGCCCUAGAAAGAACGUAUUUGUUGACCUCUGCCCUGCUAGAGAGAAUAUCAUAGUAUCACCUUUUUGUUAGUCCAUUUCCUCAUAUCUAUAGCUAUAUCUACAAAAUCAGGAAAAACAAUUUUAUUUCUUGUUUUUAGGCAUUAACCCAUAAUUAGUCUUAAGCACUGAAUUAAAAUAUGCAGCAUUCUCUCAGGAUCUGCUGCUGACUUUCUGUGUGCACUUGGGCAAAAUCCCCCAGCUCUGGUUUCUACGGGGCAUAUUUAUCAAGAAUCGAAGUGAAUUGUGUGGGGGUUUAUCAAAAUUCAAAUAUUUGUGAGUUUAUGGAAAAGUCAGAAUGUCAAAAACUCUAAUGAUCAAGUACAUGUCCCGAAAUAACACGAACCAAUCUAAUUUAUUUCUCGAAAACUUGAAUUGAUCAAGUUUUCAGAUAAAUAACUAAUUUUUACUUUCAAAAUUUUUUUUUUCCUUAUUAAAUCACAGACAUUUUCGAGUUUUCUAAAAUAGAACUCGAAUGUGUGAGUUAAGUUGCC